AUGGCUAAAAGUGCCUAUUCACCUAAUCUAAAAUUACAGGAUGAAUCUUUAAGUGAGGAUAUAAAAUUUGAGUUAUUAAAACAUACAAUGGGUUCUAAGCCAAAUAUAAAGCCAGCUGAUACAGGUAUAAAUACUUUAGACUUAAAUGAGUCUGAGAUAUCGAAUUCUCUUAGUCACGAAACUCCCUUACUCAUCAAUAAAUCUAAUGUUGAGGAGAAUAUAGAGAAUAACUCAACUAAAGAAAUAAAUUUUGAGGUUGCAUCUGAAUAUAGAUCUGAUGAAGAAUCUCAAGAGAAUGAUACUGAGGAUUUUGAAGAAAAGUCUCAAGAAGAAAUAUUUGACAGUUCCACUAAAGUAACUAUAACACCUAGUAAUGGUCCAACAUUUAAAAAGAUGAAUAUUAGUUAUGACAAAGAUGAGGAUACCAGUUUUGACUCUAUAGAGUUGAUUAAAAAACAGAAUAGAGAAGUUCCAGAAUUCUAUUAUCAAGGUCCACAAAUAAAAGAAUAUCAGGGAGAUAAUACAAAUCCUAAUAUAAAACUGAAUACAGCAACAAACAGACAAUAUAUACCGGAUCAAAAAGUUAAAAAAAUAGAAAAAUAUGUUGGAGAAGAAAAUUUUCCAAUUAUGAAUCCAAUAAUGACUAUAAAUAAGCCAAUAAAUAUAUCGCAAUCAACAGUUACAGAAGUUAAUCCUGCAUUCAACACUCUAGGUUCUAUGGGUUCUAUCAAUCAUAAAAUAAUUAUUCCUUCUUUAAAUAUUAAUCCAGUUCCUACUCAGAAUUUUGUUCAAGCUCCAAUUAAUAAUAAACCUAAAAUAAUAGUAAAAGACUCUAUGAUAAAGAAACCUAAAAUUUUAACUAGUAAAGAAGGAAUUAUACCUAAUCAAAAAGAAAUUAUACAGUUAAGACCAGAAAUAAUGCAGUUAACUAAAAAAGUAAUACCAAUUAGAAACAAGGCAGAAGAACAGAAGAAAGUUAUACCAGUACCAGUAAAGAAGGUAAUUGCACCUAUUAAAAAGAAAGUUGAGGUCAUUCCUGCAAUAAAGAAACUUUCAAUUCCGAAAAUACCUAAUAAAACUGUUAAAUAUAUUUCUAAGCCAUUAACUAUGGUCAAACAACCUCCUCCAAUGCUACAAGUAAUUAAUAGAAUGCCAACUCCAAUUGGACAUAUUCAAAAACCAAAACUAAAAUUGGUAAAAUCGAAACUUAGGAAAAGAUUAAUUCCAGUAGUCACUAAAAAACCUAAGAAACAGAAAUCUUUAGCUACUGAAAAAGGAUUUAAACUUAAUAAUUCUCGUUCUCCAAAUGAGGUGAGAGUAAAAGAACUAAAAAUAAUAGAACCUAGUAGAGUAGUUAUAAAGGAAAUAAAACCUAUUCCUGUGAAAUCUCAAUUGAUGAAGCAAAAUACAAUAAAGGAGCAAAAUUUUAACCAACCAAAUAUUAUAAUUCAAUCAAAUUCUCACGAGAAACCUCAGUUUGAAUCGGGAAUAUUAAAUGAAGGAAUUCUUAACUAUCCACUAUUAUCCAGUGUAGAAUUUGGUAUCCCAAAUUUUCAACCACAGCAACUCAGGAUUCCUGAUGCUAAAGUAAUGGGAGAAACAUUUGAUUUAAAUACGAACAAAGCCUUACCAUCUAUUCCAGGUCGUAGUUACAGCAAUCAAGCAUCAUGGUAUAGGCAAUCGACUAUUUUAUUUAUAUUGAUGAUAAUAAUUGUAGUCAUUGGACUUGGAUGCUUUUUUUUGUUUUAUUUUUCUCGUUAA